AUGAGGGAAAGCAAUUUCUCUAAUCCAGCACAGAACAGAGCAUCGUGUGUUGUUUCCACGUCUUUCUACGACCGCAAAGCACUCGAUGCACGCGAUCCAGUAGCACUCAUCAACUCACUCACUAACCUCCAAUACCUCACCUCCGUUUCCCAGAAAGUCAGAGAUAUCGUGGCGUAUGACGGUGGAAUUGAGCGACUUGUGAGGAUCAUGAAGUGGGCAAUGUCUAUUUUGCUUGUCCCAGGCGCUUCUGCAACUCCAACGCCUUUUCUACUCGCUCCCGAUCGUGGUUCACAGCCUCUGCAAGGCGUGUAUGACAGGCAGAUUCUUUAUAUCUGGACUUUAUCAUUUCAGUGUUGCGUAAACAUUGGCGUCAGGGGUUCUGAAGAGCUCCGCACAAAGGUCGUUCAAGCUGGUGUGCUUGAUGUCGCAGGCGCUAUCCUCGGGACUUGGAAAGCUUCAAUGGAUAGGUACAGAUUGAAAAAGAUUAAGGAGUAUCACCUGCACACGAUAAGCUUGAGAGCCUGGCUUAAUGAUCAGAAUAAUCGCAAGGCAAGCAAAUUGUCCGAAUCUGCUGAGCCCUCUGCAACACCGGAAUCUACCCUUCUUGGUGACGAGGAGCCGAUCACGGGUCUCGGACAAGUGCAUGUAUCACAAGUGUCACCCAUGCCACCCGCCGUUCCGAACAGCACUCCAAUUUUCACAGAUCAGGUUAAUGAGCACGACCAGCCUGAGCCAUCGACAUCAACUCAGACUGAAGCAUCAGAAUCAAGGUCGUCGAGUGUCGUCCAAUCGGAGGAUGACGUUGAGGAACAACCUGAGACAAACAAUUACGUAAGAUCGAGAUCGGGGACAGUUGUUCCAUCUAGUCAACAGACCAUCAUAAAUUCCCAACCGACGCCUGCAAAUACUCCACAAGUAGUUGCAGGAAUAGAAAAUCAGCAACAGGAAACACCUCAACCAGGGCAAACGAUGCAACCAGCAGCAGUAGCACAACCCACCCAGCCGACACAACCUACGCAAUCUACACUACCAACACAAUCUACCAACUCAUCACCCGUUACUCGCAGACCAAUUGAGCAUAUAGAAUAUUUCAGGCCUGAAGAGAAUACUAUAUACCGUGAAGAGGACGUUCUACUUGCUUUACAAUUACUAGCAUAUAUCUCAAAAUACCCACACAUAAGAGAAGGAUUUCAAGCACCUUCACGCGCAUGGCAAGUUGGUAGACCAUCAUUUGAUCCUGAAGAGAGUCCAAUUGACAGACUUAGCUAUAGAGAUCAUUAUAAGAGGAACUUAUUCUAUAUCGUCGAGUCAUUCACCUAUGAAGGACACAUUGAUGAUCCUACAUCGAUAUACCUCCCUUCAGAGAUCAGGUAUUGGGCAGGAGUAACGAUGCGGAAUGCGUGUCGGAAGCAUGAGUCAUUUAAUGGUAUUAGGCAAUGUGCCAAUGUUGCAUGUGGCAAGUGGGAGACAUCUCCCAAGGAGUUUGCCAAGUGCAGGAUCUGCAGAAAGGCCAAGUACUGCAGUAAGGAGUGUCAAAGCAGAGCGUGGCGCGUAGGACAUAGAUUCUGGUGUCAAACACGAUCGGAUAUGACGAACGAGAGCGACAACUAUAUAGCGCCAUACCUGGCACGCGAUAAUCAGCAGACGCCGCGCAUGCGACCAGAGGCACAACCAACGCAGCAGAUGCCUCAACCAGCAUCACCACUCACCACAUUCAACCAGAUAAAUCGUGAUAUUGACAACUGGACGAAUAUGGGUGUAGAGACGGAUACGACGGGAAACAUGACGAAUAUGGCCAACAUGACUAACAUAUUCGAGGAUGAUUUCAGGGGCUUCACUGGGAUGGAUGGGGGUGGAAAUGCACAGCAGAAUCAAUUUCAACUAGCGCCUUUGCGAUUUGAUGAGAAUAAUCCAGCCGCGGCGUUUAACACGGUGACGACGGCGACGGCUGCAGCUGCAGCUGCAGCUACGGAAGAUACACCGUCGCCGCCUACACAGUCAGUGUCGCCCGCAUUGACAGCUUCGAUUAGUGACGGUGCUGAAGAACGCGAGAGACGGAACCAAACGCAGGACUAUCUUCCUCGCACUCGCUCCGCACUUUCAGAGGUACUCACAGUAUCUACUGAAGAGCAGGAGAUGCAAGUGGAUUGA